AUGAGAUUUGAAGAUGAAAUAGAAUGUAUAAACAAAAGAAGGAGUAGUAGAAUAAUUGCUUUAGAAGAGAAGAAACAACUACAAAGGGAAAGGGAGCUAGAAAUGGCAUUAGAGAGAAAGAAUGGUCCAAUCAACCAUGAUAUAAAAAACAAAGGAAAAGGCAAGACAACAAUGGAGAUAUGUGAUGAGUUGUGUAAUAUUAAUGAGGGUGAGGAGGGAACGUUCAAGAAGAGACACAAGAAUAAAGAACUUUAUCAACUUAUCUCUUCAAUCCAGGACCUGGAAGAGCUAUUUGCUGAACCAAUUAAUCCUGAUGUGGUGAAGAAUUACUAUGAAAUUAUCAAGCAACCAAUGGAUUUUGCUACCAUGAGAGCCAAACUUCAUGAGAACAUGUAUACAAACCUUGACCUCUUCAAGCAUGAUAUCCUUCUAUUAUGCUCAAAUGCAAAGAUUGUUAAUCCCAAAACCUCAAUAUAUCAUGAAGUGGCUGAAGACAUUAGUAGGAAUGCUAAGUGCAUUUUUGAGGCUCUAAGUGUUGUCUCUCACCAUAUCAACUUAGAAUUUUCCAAUUACAAGAGGCGCCCAGGUAGAAAGCCAAAAAAUGGGCAACAGAAAACCUCAGAGAGUGAUUCUCCCAAACUUGGUGGGAGACAAAAUGUUGCUUAUUUUAUGGAAGUUGAGAAGAGGGGCAUGUAUAAGCCUACAAGUAAUCUACUGGUUUCAGAAGUCCUGUGUGCUAAUAAGCCUAACUUUCAAGUGAAUGAAAAUCAAGUUAACUACAGAGAAAGUCUACUGCAGUUUGUGAAGCGCAUGGGACCAAUCGCUCAAACAGUGGCAGCCAAAAAAUUUGAACCACUUCAGCAUCAACAAUUUUGCAUUGGUAACACUUCAACCCAGAAUCUCCUCGGAAAUGCUUCUAGUUCACAAAUUAGUCAUCAACCAACUCCACAUAUACCAACACAACAAGAGAGUCUCAAUGCUCAGAAAAGACUUACUAUUCCUGAUUCUGCAACUCAAAAAAACAACAUUAUUGAUAAAACUAGGAACUUCAGAGGCAUCUCAAAGGGAAAAAUGGAUUCCUCUAUUGAGAAUGUGUCUUCUACAGUUGGAUCUAUUCAAGAGGAAAUUAAUCGUGUCCACUUAGGAGCUAACAAAACAAGCAACACCAGAGAGUGGAAUACCUCAACUGGUAUUCCAUACAUGUUAGCCAAUGGAAGCAGCACUAGCACCAACAAUGUGUUUGCCCCUCACCAUCCAACAAGCAUAAUCUCAAGGCCUCAACCAAGGUUAUCAAGAAAUAGAAGUAGUCUUUCAGGGCUACCACUCAUGCCGAGUUCAUGGUUAGAGGACACCAUGUCUUGCAUGAGAAACAACAUCAUUGAGUCAUCUCUUGUGCAUCAACCAUGGAAAACAAACGCUAUGUUUAGCAUGAUUCCCUCAAGGGUAACCCCUUGGUCUCAACCAAUGCAAGGAGGGUCGAUUUCAAGUAAGAACCUCUCACGGUUAACUAUUUUUUUACCUUCUAUAGCUUCCAACUUUUUUAAUGAUUCAAAUACUUCAUUGCAUGGUUUAGGCACCCCAUCUCAGCAAAUAAGCUUCCAAGCCUUGCUGAAUUCACCAGACUUCAAUAAUAGCAAUUACACAAUGCAGGCAAAUCUUGGACAGGUCACGCACCAAGCUGCACCAUACACUCCACUGGCAACUCAAGGGUUUCCAAACAUGCAAAUGCAGUUAAAGCAAGAAUCGAUUCCUCUACAGAUACCAAAUCCAUUAUCAUCAUCAUCUCUGCAACAGACUUCUCAUCUUCUUAAAGAUAAUAAAGAGAAACAACUUAACUUAGAUCUUCAUCUCUAA